AUGCCCGAAAUCACCGACGACACCCCAAUCCACCUCACAGAGGUUGACAUCGACCUCGAUGUGCAAGAGAUCCUUCUCGCAGCAUCACAGCAUGACAUCCCCAAGCUGCGCCGUCUCCUCCGCACCCAGUCUGCCCUGCCAGACGCAGCAAAUGUCAAAGACAACGAGUCAGGCUUCUCACCACUGCACUCUGCGAUCGCCGCCUGCGAGCCGGACAGCGACACCGAGGGUGCCCAAAACGGAGCCGAUGGCGCCAAAACCUCAGAAUUGAAUCCCAAGGGCUUGGACAACGAGUCUCUCAAGGCAGCAGUGGAGACAGUCAAGUUCCUCCUGCAAGAGGGCGCUAUCUGGAACGAUCUCGACAAGAACAACGAAACCCCCGGCUGUCUCGCUCGGCGCAUCGGAGCCCUCGAGCUCUACGGCCUAAUUGUCGAUGCAGGUGUGCGCGCAGAGCUCCUCUUGAACCGUCUCGACGCAUACGAAGAGCUAUCCGACGACGACAACGAAGAAGAGGAAAAGCAAGAGAACGACGAGAACCAGGCCGAGACCGCCAACACCACCGAAACGGAAACAGAGACAGCACCCGAACUCGUCGACGCCACAACAACCAACCCAGGCGUGAACAACCCCCAAUACCUGGAAUCGCAACUAAACAUCCAAAACGACCGCAUCCUAGACUCAGACCAGAACGGCGUAAUGAUGGCCUGGGAAAGCGACAUCAUGCGCAAAUCCGCCAAGGCACUCCUUCCAACGCCCGGCCUGAAAGUGCUGAACAUCGGACACGGCAUGGGUAUCGUCGAUGGAUUCUUCCAAGAGCAGCAGCCUGCCUCGCACCAUAUCAUUGAAGCGCACGCCGACGUCGUUGCAGAGAUGAAGCGUCGUGGCUGGGAUUCUAAGCCUGGUGUUGUGAUUCAUCAGGGUCGUUGGCAGGAUAUCCUGCCUGGUCUUGUAGCGGCUGGGGAAAUGUUUGAUGCUAUCUACUAUGAUACUUUUGCUGAGUCUUAUGGUGAUUUCCGCGAGUUCUUUUCUGAGCAGGUCAUUGGAUUGCUUGAGCAGGAAGGUCGGUGGGGAUUCUUUAAUGGCAUGGGUGCUGACCGGCAGAUUUCUUAUGAUGUCUACCAGAAGGUGGCUGAGAUGGAUUUGUUCGAGGCUGGGUUUGAUGUGCAUUGGGAGGAAAUUGCCGUGCCCAAGUUGGAGGGUGAGUGGGAGGGCGUGCGGAGGGCUUACUGGGUUGUGGAUGAUUAUAGAUUGCCGCUGUGCAAGUUUAUGGAUUAA